CCAAGAUGGCUGCCUCCAUUGCACGCCGAAAAUCACUGUUACAAAACCAUUUUUUAAAAGAAACCUUAAAAAGAUGCUACUCAGCAUGUUCCCAGUCAACCAACACAGCAGUCAAAGUAAAGAGAAAUGAAAUCUUUGAUGAAGAAAAACUAAGACAACAGAAUAGUAUCAUUAGAAUAGAGAAAAUAAAUGUUGAUGUCAGGGGACCACCUGAAGACUGUUCACUUCUAAUGAAUAAAGGAAUUUCAACUCCAUAUCAUUGUGCUAUGCAUAUUCAAGAAAUAUUGACAACUAGGUCAGCUUUAGCUUUUGUGAAUUCUAAACCUUGGGAUAUGCAUCGGCCAUUAACAGAAGAUUGUACACUAGAAUUUUCAAAUUUUGAAGAUAAUAACCCAGCAAUAGCCAAUAAUGCUUUUUGGAGAUCAUGUACAUUAGUGUUAGGAAAUGUUUUAGAAACAGCAUUUCAAGAUAAAUAUUACAUAGAAUUAGUCAGUUUUCCACAAAUUAACAUAAAAACUGGAAGUUUUGUUUAUGAUGUUGAUUUAAAAAUGCCAGAUUGGAAGCCAACCUCAAUGGAAUUGAAUAGUUUAUCAACUAUAGGAUAUCGACUUCAUUACAAAGAUUUACAAUUUGAACGUUUAACAGUGGAUGUUUCUAUAGCUAGAGAAAUAUUUACAGACAAUCAAUAUAAACAUAAUCAAAUAUCAGAUAUAGCUCAGAAAUCUAAAAGUGGAAAAUCAGUUACAUUAUACAGAGUUGGAGAUUUUAUUGAUAUGACAGGAGGGCCGUGUAUUUCAAGUACUGGACAGAUUGGUAGAUUUAAUGUCACAGCUAUACACCCAAUAGAAGAUCCUGUAUUAGGUAGAUUACAUCGUGUUCAGGGUGUCGCAAUACCUACACAAACUGAGAUGCAUUAUUGGACAUAUAAUCUACUCUGUCAGCGAGCUUCUAAGUUGAAUCCAUUACCAUUACCAAGUGAAAGUAAAAAUACAGACGAAGAAUCAGAAGUAAAACAGUUAGUAUCAUAGGAAAGACUUAAUGGUCAUCUAUAAUGGCUUAAUCAUGAGAAAAGAAUUUAUAUUGGCUUCAAUUGGUAGUUAAUGAUGACAAAUUUGGUCUACCAGUGAGCCCUGUGUUUAUCAAUGGACCCUGAUGGAUCUAGAAGUAAAAUACAUCAGUACAAAUUAUAUGUAGACAACACUGAUAGUAGGAUGAUUCAUUGAGCUGUAUUUUCUAGGAAUCUACAAAUUAGGUUUGACUUAAUGUGUACUAUCAAAUAUCACAGUUUUCUAUGUUUUUAACGAUUAUACAGUAUACGGUGGGUUAAAUUACCUUUUCUUCAAGAGUGACUGCCUUGUAUAGCAACAUCAUCAACUUGUUUAGAGUGUGACAUUGUUUUCUACUGAAUCUAUAACGUGUAUCAUAGUGCUACUGUAUAAAACAGAAUUUUGUUAUAUUGAAAUGUGGAUAAAUUAUGUAUACGAUUAAAAUAUGUGAUCCCAUUUU